ACCAAAACCACAAAACCUCACCAUAUAAUUUCCUUGUCCAUGCUCCCAUCUGCUCAUGGUUAUUUUGGCCGAUUGAUCUUCUAAUACGCCCGUUUCAACAACUCUCGUUCGUUACACUUCUUCCUAGCUGCUUCGCCUGUAGUCCCUCUCUUAGAAAAAUUUGAAGGAAAAUAAGUAUGAAUAUUGAAGAAUGCAAUAAGAGUGCCAUUGAUUCAGGCCAUGCACGUCUUCACGAACUUGGCUACAAACAAGAACUCAAGCGCGAUCUUUCGGUGUUAUCGAACUUUGCAUUUUCAUUUUCUAUAAUAUCAGUGCUUACUGGUUUAAACACAUUGUUUGGAACUGGAUUAAGUUUUGGUGGGCCAAUUUCUUAUGUAUAUGGAUGGUUAAUUGCUGGUUCAUUUACUAUGGUUGUUGGUUUUUCAAUGGCUGAGAUUUGUUCAUCUUAUCCAACUUCUGGUGGUCUUUAUUAUUGGAGUGCUAUGCUUGCUGGUCCAACUUGGGCUCCUUUUGCUUCUUGGAUCACUGGCUGGUUCAACAUUGUUGGUCAGACUUAUUUGAAGAAAGGACAUAAUGGACGAAAAAAAAUCCAUUGGGCAGUCACAACAAGUGUAGAUUAUUCAUUGGCACAAUUCCUUCAAGUGAUAAUACUCCUUAGCACAGGUGGAGUGAAUGGAGGUGGAUAUCAGGCCUCUAAAUAUGUUGUUAUUGCCUUACAUGCUGCAAUUCUCCUCUUACAUGCUAUUUUGAAUAGUCUUCCUAUCUAUUGGUUAUCCUUCUUUGGACAACUUGCUGCUGCUUGGAAUGUUUUAGGUGUUUUUGUUCUUAUGAUACUGAUUCCUGCUGUUGCAACUGAACGAGCCAACGCUAAAUUUGUAUUCACUAACUUCAAUACUGAAAAUGAAGGUGGUAUUGGCAAUAAAGUCUACAUCUUUGUUCUUGGACUUCUCAUGAGCCAGUAUACAUUGUUAGGUUAUGAUGCUUCUGCUCAUAUGACAGAGGAAACAAAAGAUGCAGAUACAAAUGGGCCAAAAGGAAUUGUAUGUGCUAUUGGCAUAUCACUACUUGUUGGAUGGGCAUAUAUACUUGGUAUAACAUUUGCAGUUACUGACAUACCUCAUCUGUUGAGUAAAAACAACGACGCGGGUGGUUAUGCGAUUGCACAAAUAUUUUAUGAUGCAUUCAAGAACAGAUUUGGUAGUGGUGUUGGUGGAAUUCUUUGCUUAGGCGUAAUUGCUGUUGCUAUAUUCUUCUGUGGCAUGAGCUCACUGACUAGCAACUCUAGGAUGGCUUAUGCAUUCUCCCGAGACGGAGCAAUGCCAUUUUCGCCAUUCUGGCGCAAAGUAAACGACCAGGAGGUUCCAAUAAAUGCAGUCUGGAUGUCUGCGGUUAUAGCAUUUUGCAUGGCAUUGACGUCUCUUGGAAGCUUGGUAGCAUUUCAAGCGAUGACAUCAAUAGCAACAAUCGGGCUAUAUAUCGCGUAUGCCUUGCCAUCCUUAUUCAGAGUGACUCUGGCUCGAAAGUCUUUCACUCCAGGACCGUUCAACUUGGGGCGCUAUGGGGUCGUUGUUGGUUGGAUCGCAGUGUUGUGGGUUGCAGUCAUCUCUGUGCUCUUUUCUUUGCCUGUUGCUUACCCUAUUACAGAUCAAACUCUCAAUUAUACUCCUGUUGCAGUUGGUGGCCUUCUUAUUCUUCUUCUUUCUUCAUGGUUUUUCAGUGCUAGGCAUUGGUUUAAAGGUCCUAUAACAAAUAUUGAAGUAUAGUUCAACUGAAGAAGUGUUAAACUCUGAUUCCUGUAAUUGUAUUGAACAAUGUUAAGUAUAUACUCCAACUACUACGUACCUUUGCCGACAUAGGUCGGCAAAACUUGCCCCUGUUGUUCAAUUAUUCACAUAGUUUUGCCGAACUGAUAAGACUUAGUACUAUCUUCAUUCUACUUA